CACACUAGAAAUGUUGAUUCCAUUGGUCGUGUUUACAUUAUCAUUAGUGUUAUUUUAUUUUUUGAUUGUUUUGAAACAAUCACAAUUAAAUGCCAACAAUAAUACUCAAUAAAUAAUUGGUAUUAUGUUUAUCUGACGAGAAAAUAAUUAGCUGAGUGGUACGAGUAGAUGGUUUUACAUUUAAUAUCGAUGUUUUGAUAGCGAAAUAAUAAAAAGGUAAUGAAAGCACUUUGUUACGGCUCUAAAUUAAUAGCUGGCUAUUAUGUUGACCGUAAACCUGAAUUGGCAAAACGUUAUGCUAUAGCUAGUUCACGCAUAUCAGGAGCCCGUGCAACACUACGUUUAAUUGAUGAUAUACCCAUGAUACAAUAUGCAUUGGAAUAUGGCUGGGGACAAAAUGAAAGUGAUCGUACUAUGGCUGUGCUGGGUGUAACAGCCAAUAUAAUAGAUCUGUUAUAUUAUCCGGUGGAGAAACUAUGCUGGUUGUCGGAGCAUAAAAUAAUUGAUUUAAAAAACGCCGAUUAUUGGGAUAAUGUGAAUACAGUUUUUUGGGUAAUAGGAGUCUAUUUAAAUCUAAUGCGUACGUUGCGCAAUUUUGGUAUAAAUCAACAAAAAAUUAAUCAAAUUAAGGAUCCCAAAAAAUCUCCUGAAGAUGAGCUUAAAAUUAAAAAGCAGCGACUCGAAAUCCUAUCUUUAAUAAGAUUAUCCUUAGAUUUCGUGCAUGCCGCCAGCUAUUUACCCAGAGGUUAUUUAUGGGGUGGCAAAUUAUCUACAUUCCAAAUUGGUGCUGUUGGCACUUUGUCUGCCGGUAUAGGAAUUUAUCAAAUUUUUGCGAAACGGAAGCUAAACAAAUAAAAUUUAUGUAUUUGUGUCUCAUCAGUUUUGAUUAAAACCUGAUUUUUUCUUUUGUUAUUUGUAUUUUGUAAAAUGUGUGUAUUUGUAUUUUAAGCUAGUCAGAAUAAUAUUUAUACAUACUCUAUAUUAUUUUUGAAAAAUGUUGUAAACAAAAAAAAGAUAAAAUAAGCAAUAUUUACAUUAAACAAAUUCUUGCUUUUAGUUUUAAGUUUUUAUCGUGUUAAUGGAACAAACGUCACCGAAAUUUAAAAAAAAUAUAAAUAAAAUGCUACUAUUUUUGAAAUAAAA